AUGGAGCAAGGAAACAGGACAACGGUCACAGAGUUCAUCUUCCUGGGUCUCUCUUCUUCUCGGGAGGUCCAGCUUGCCCUCUUCUUCCUCUUCCUGAUCCUCUACAUCUCUGUCUUGCUGGGAAACCUUCUCCUCAUCGUCGCCAUCCAGAGUGACCCGCGUCUGAAUUGCCCCAUGUACUUUUUCUUAGCUAAGCUAGCUUUCCUGGACAUUUGCUAUUGCUCCGUCACCUCCCCGAAGGCGCUGAAGGACUUCUUCUCCAGCUUCAAGGCCAUCUCCUAUGGCGGCUGCAUGGCCCAAGUGUUCCUCAUCCACUUCCUGGGUGCCGCCGAGCUUCUGCUCCUGGUCGGCAUGGCUUUCGACCGGUACAUGGCCGUCUGCCGGCCUCUGCACUACGCCAGCCUUGUGAACCCAAAGCUCUGCUGGAUGGUGGUGGUGGCCGCGUGGACAGGAGGGUUGGUCCACGCUGUCACCUUAAUGAGCUUCGUCACAGAGCUCCAGUUCUGCGGCCUUAACAACACCCUGGACAGCUUCUACUGCGACAUCCCCCAAGUUGCCAAGUUGGCCUGCGCCAGCGUUUCCUCAACAGAGAUCAUUGCCUUUGCCAGCAACGAGGGGGUCAUUCUCCCGUGCUUCUUAAUGCUCAUUGCCUCUUACUGCUUCCUCUUACUCAAGCUCCGAAGCUACCCCCCAAAGGCAAGGAGUAAUGUUACCUCCACAUGCAUCACCCACGUCAUUGUCAUUGUGUUCAUGUUCAGCCCGGCCAUCUACAUUUAUUGGUACCCGUUCCGCAAUGUCGCUGUGGACAAAUCGGUGACUGUGUUCCACACCAUGAUCUUCCCUCUCACCAACCCUGUCAUCUACACCCUGAGGAACAAGGAAGUGGCCUCCUCCAUGAAGAGGAUGAUCCACAGGUACUUCCUCUUACAGGUGGGAACCCAGGAAUCUUACACUUGGGACAAGUUUCCUUAA